UGUAUAUUAUGAUCCUUUUAUUCCUUAGCGGGAAAGUCUCUAAGGAUUAUUGUGACUAUAAGAUUCAUCACUUUGUAGAUAGCCUUCUGAUGAUCUUGUGAACUCUGUUAGAUUUUUUUUAACCCUUACUUUCUCUCCUAGUGACAACUCUAAGACAGAAGAGCAAGGGCUAGGCAAACAGGAUUAAGAGACUUGCCUAGACUCACAAAGCUAGGAAGUGUCUGAGGUCUGAUUUGAAUCCAAGUCCUCUCAACUCCAGUCUUGGCUCUCUAUCCACUGUGCUAUCUAACUGCCCUUUGUUAGAUUGAUUCUUGCAGAAAGAGUUAUUCCAUUGAGUCUUUACGCAGUCUUCCCAGAUUGAUGGAGGGUCUGCCAUGCCAGAACCUAUUUUCCACUGACAUAGAUUUAAAGAAUCCAAAGUCGCUUCCAUGCCAUGGUGAGACAUUGAAAGAGGAUGCUAAUGGCAGAAUUCUGAACAUUUAUCAGUUUGAUCCAAGGAGAUUUUCAGGGCAUCAAGAUGAUAGAAGCAUCUGGGAUCUGUACAGUUCUCUCACUUGUGUGUGUGUGUGUGUGUGUGUGUUUAACCUUUACUUUCUGUCUUAAGUAUUGCUUCUAAGGCAGAGGAGCAAUAAGGGUUAGGCAGUCAGGGUUAAGUGACUUGUCUAGGGUCACAUAGUGUGGAAGAGGCAUGAAGGAAGAGAGAAUUUCAUGCAUGCACCUAAGACAAAGUAAAGGAAAGAACAUUCCAAAUAGAAUGUGCCCAGGACAGACAGUUGGAGAGUCAAGCUAGGCUGAAGGGGGAAGAAGCUCUGAACUGGACCUCUGUUGGCUUCUGUCCUAGGCUGAAGGACCCUUGGGGGGGCUUCUGGAAUAAGGCUGAGAAGAAAUUAAUGUUGGUGGCUUAGAGUGUGAAGAACUGACUGUAUAUUUGAGAUUUGAGUUUGAAGGAAGAAGAAAGAAGAUUAAACAGUUGUCCUCCAUCUCCCUGACAGACUUUUGUGUCACAGCUGUGACAGGACUGACAUUUCCUAAAAUCCUCCUAACCCUCCUUAUAGAUUAGGGAAAACCUCAUCCCUCUCACCUCAUCUUCUAUCCUUGACCUUCCCAAUAAACCUCCUUACCUGAGAAAGAGGGAAAAAGUAUCUUCUCUAAACCUCACAGUUCACCUUUGACUUACAUAGAAAGGUUGUCCACGAUUCAAUUACACUUUACAUUUUUGCCCCCAGUGCUCAAAGCAGAGACAGAUGGGUGAAAAGCUUAAAGGAAGAAAUCAAGCACAACAACAACAUAAUGGUCAAAUAUCAUCCCAAACUCUGGGCAGAUGGAAGCUAUCAGUGUUGUAGACAAACGGAAAAGUUAGCACCUGGAUGUGAAAAAUAUAAUCUCUUUGAGAGUAGUAUAAAGAAAGCACUACCUCCAGCACCAGAAAAAAAUAAGCGAAGGCCUCCACCUCCUCUUCCGCCUGAAGAAGAUAAAAAUGAAGAAAUAGUUGUAGCAAUGUAUGAUUUCCAAGCAACAGAAACACAUGAUCUCAAACUAGAGAGAGGCCAAGAAUAUAUUAUACUGGAAAAAAAUGAUGUUCAUUGGUGGAGAGCAAGAGAUAAACAUGGGAGUGAAGGAUACAUUCCAAGCAACUAUGUUACAGGGAAGAAAUCGAGCAACUUAGAUCAAUAUGAAUGGUAUUGUCGCAAUAUGAAUAGAAGUAAGGCAGAACAACUCCUUAAAAGUGAAGAUAAAGAAGGUGGUUUUAUAGUGAGAGACUCCAGUCAAGCAGGCAUGUACACAGUGUCCCUUUAUACCAAAUUUGGAGGGGAAGGUUCAUCAGGAUUUAGACACUAUCACAUAAAGGAAACAACAACAUCUCCAAAGAAGUACUAUCUUGCAGAAAAACAUGCAUUUAGUUCGAUUCCUGAAAUUAUUGAAUACCAUAAGCACAAUGCAGCAGGGCUUGUGACCAGACUACGGUACCCAGUAAGUGCGAAAGGGAAGAAUGCACCAACCACUGCAGGGUUCAGCUAUGAAAAGUGGGAGAUAAACCCCUCAGAGCUGACCUUUAUGAGGGAAUUGGGAAGUGGACUCUUUGGGGUAGUCAGGCUUGGCAAAUGGCGGGCCCAAUAUAAGGUGGCAAUCAAAGCUAUUCGAGAAGGUGCAAUGUGCGAGGAAGACUUCAUUGAAGAGGCCAAAGUGAUGAUGAAGCUGACUCACCCCAAAUUAGUUCAACUUUAUGGUGUGUGCACCCAGCAGAGACCUAUUUACAUUGUUACGGAGUUCAUGGAAUGUGGUUGUCUUCUGAAUUUCCUUCGACAAAGACACGGUCAUUUCAGUAGAGAUAUUCUCCUAAGCAUGUGUCAAGAUGUAUGUGAAGGAAUGGAAUACCUGGAGAGGAACAGUUUCAUCCACAGAGAUCUGGCUGCCAGGAAUUGUUUAGUGAAUGAAUCAGGAGUUGUGAAAGUGUCUGACUUUGGAAUGGCAAGAUAUGUCCUGGAUGACCAGUAUACAAGUUCUUCAGGUGCUAAGUUUCCAGUGAAAUGGUGUCCACCAGAAGUUUUUAAUUAUUGUCGAUUUAGCAGCAAGUCAGAUGUCUGGUCUUUUGGUGUGUUAAUGUGGGAAAUAUUUACUGAAGGGAGAAUGCCUUUUGAGAAAAAUGCCAACUUCGAGGUGGUAACGAUGGUUAGCCGUGGCCACAGGCUUUACCGGCCAAAGUUGGCUUCCAGAUACGUUUAUGAAGUGAUGCUCAGUUGUUGGCAUGAGAAACCAGAGGGAAGACCUUCAUUUGAAGAGCUGCUGCGCUCAAUAGAUGAACUAGCAGAAUGUGAAGAACCUUUUGGAAGAUAAAUGGUGCUACAAGUGCCAGAGCACAAGGAAGAAAUGGUGCCUUGUGCAGAACUUUUAAGUUAUUUUGCACACGGAUAAAUAGCUCAUUUGGUUUAUUCCAGAAAUACACUAGGCUUUUAUUUGAGAAGCAACCACAGCACCAAAAAGGUGGCUUACUCUCCAAAUAUGAUAAUAGCCUUGCAGAUAGUAACUACAAAGUAAAAAGAGACUACUGUUUAAAGACUGCACUUAUGGGAGGAAACAUUGUUUUGUCAGUUGGAAGAAGCCAGUGGUGGCAGUGGUAACAAUGGAGGUUCAGAUUCAGACAGAAAUAGACAUGGUGCCAUGAAAUAGAGGAAUGCUCUACAAGCUUCUCUCUUCAAUGCUUUCUCAGACCUGAAGCCCAGAGUCUCAUUCUGAAAAUAGGCAUGGAAAGAGGAAAGAAUCUCAAGCCAAAGUCAUAAAAGUCACUAUCGUUUGGGUCAUUUUCAAUGCUAUUAAGCAUUCUUCAAUACUUUGGUGAUAUUGCAUGGCUGCAAGUGAUGGAUUAACCCAUUCUUCAGAGAAUUAAUAUUACAUGUCAUCUGGAUGCAAUGGAGAGGCACAUGGUUGGCAUCAAUAUAGUGUUACCAAAGAGUUGUACUCGAUGUUUUUAGAGAGAUUUGUGACAGAAAAAGAGGUGGAUGAGUCACAUAGCAAGAAUGAGGAAAUGAUAACUUUUACACUCCCAUGGCUUCUCUUCUGUGCCAGGAGCUCCAGAAGAAGGCUAAAGAAUGCUGAAUGAGACCAGAAGAGAAAAUUCAGUGGGAGGAGAUGGACUAGAAUUGGACAGGAUGAGAAGGCAUGAAUAGGUCGCUAUCUGCACUGUGGAAGGGAGUAUUCACACCAAUAAGAUCACAAGUCCAUUAAGUAUUAUAUGUUAUCACAAUCCAAUUGAUUUACAUGCUGUAUGUAUUGUAAAUAUAUACAUAUAUAAAGUUAUAUAUUUAUAAGAAA